AUGCCCUCCCAACUCGAAGCCCUCAAAGCCUCCGGCACCACCGUCGUCUCCGACACUGGUGACUUCAAGUCCAUUGACGAGUUCAAGCCCCAGGAUGCCACCACCAACCCCUCCCUCAUCUUGGCCGCCACCAAGGACCCCAAGUACGCCGCUCUCAUCGAGCCCGCUGUGGAGUUUGCCAAGUCCAAGGGCGGUUCCAUCGAGGUCCAGACCGAGAACGCCAUGGACCGACUCCUUGUCGAGUUCGGUACCGAGAUCUUGAAGAUCGUUCCCGGCCGUGUCUCCACCGAGGUCGACGCCUCUUUCUCUUUCAACACCCAGGACACCAUCAACAAGGCCCACCAGAUCAUUGACCUCUACAAGGAGCAAGGUAUUGACAAGGAGCGAGUCCUCAUCAAAAUUGCCUCCACCUACGAGGGUAUCCUCGCUGCCAAGCAGCUCGAGUCUGAGGGUAUCCACUGUAACUUGACCCUCUUGUUCGGUUUCGGUCAGGCUGUUGCCUGUGCCGAGGCUGGUGUCACCCUCAUCUCCCCCUUCGUUGGCCGAAUCCUCGACUGGCACAAGAAGAACUCUCCUGACGCCGACUUCUCUGGCGCCAAGGACCCCGGAGUUGUUUCCGUCACCAAGAUCUUCAACUACUACAAGCAGCACGGCUACAAGACCAUCGUCAUGGGCGCCUCUUUCCGAAACACUGGCGAGAUCGCCGCCCUCGCCGGCUGCGACUUCCUCACCAUCGCCCCCAAGCUCCUCUCCGAGCUCGCCGCCUCCCAAGACGCCCUCCCCAAGGUCCUCGACGCCAGCAAGGUCACCGAGAAGAUUGAGAAGGUGUCUUACUUGGACGACGAGGCCAAGUUUAGGUGGGAGCUGUUUGCUGAUGUGAUGGCGUUCGACAAGUUGCACGAGGGUAUCAGGGGUUUCGCCAAGGAUGGCCAGACUUUGAAGGACAUCCUCAAGGCCAAGCUCCAGUAA